AUGGAUUACUUCCAUAGUCUGUGCAGUUUCUUGGCCCAGGAAACAGACUCAGUCCUUCUGGCAGUGGGGUACAGAGAGCUUCCUGGCUUCUGUCAUCCUUUUGCUAUUCAAGAUUGUGUGAAUGCCUCAAUUCAUUUCCUGAAGUCCCCGAAAGCCUACGGGGUAGAUCCCUCUCGGGUUGUCAUCUGUGGAGAAAGCCUCGGAGGUACAGCUGCAGCCGUCGUCACCCAGACUUUAUUGGGCAGACCAGAUCUUCCACCGAUCCGGGCUCAAGUUCUUAUUUAUCCAAUCCUCCAGGCCAUCAAUUUACAGUUACCAUCACAUCUGCAGAACCAAAAUAUCCCAUUACUCACUACGUACAUCAUGUUCAAAUUUAUGUUUAGGUAUCUAGCCAUUGACUCCUCCUGGAAGGAUGCCAUCUUGACAGGAGCUAAUGUCCCCCCAGACACCUGGAUGAAAUACCGGAAGUGGCUUGACUCUGACAAUAUUCCCCAGAGGUUCAGGGACAAAUUUCAGCAACCCAAGUUUCCUGCUCCUUUUAACAAGGCAGCCUAUCUAGAAACCAAACACAUGCAAGACCCAGGAUUUUCCCCUCUUUUAGCAGAUAACGAGCUCAUUGCCCAACUUCCAGAGGCAUUGUUAGUGAGCAUGCACUGGGACAUUCUCCGAGAUGACACUUUGCUCUAUAAGAAGCGUUUGGAAGACCAGGGGGUGCCUGUGACCUGGUACAAUGUGGAGGACGGUUUUCAUGGAUGCAUAACCUUGUUUGAUAAUAAGACUUUUUCUUUUCCUUGUUCCUGGAGUUUAAUAAAUGCCAUUGUGGGUUUCACAAAGGGCAUUUGAAGGGUUCUGCAUAGAAAGAAGUGGUAGAGCAUUUGCCUGCCACAAUAAGGCUCUCAGCUAAAUGUCUAGCACUACAG